AUGGGGUCAACCAUGGACUUGAGUGAUGUGACCUUUCUGCCAAAGGCGCCUUACGCGGGGAAGUUCGUACCAUUGAUCACGUGCCCACAGGUUGCCCAUGAACAAGCCUGUGCUCUUGCCAAAGUUGGUCCAGAAGAUAUGGCCUGCGACCUGGGCUGUGGCUUGGGCGGCUGGUGCAUUGAAGCCGCCAAGUGCGGUGCACAUGCACUAGGUCUCGAUAUCAAUCUUCAUCACCUCAGGCAGGCAGAAGCGAAUGCUGAAUUAGCUGGAGUGGCUUCCAUGUGCACCUUCCGCGAAUGCGAUUUCACUGCUCCCUCCUUCGAAGUGCCUGUCGAGGUGACAGUGCUCUUUGCGUACUUGCUCCCUUGGGCGCUUGAAUACCUGGAGCCUCAGCUCCAGAGAUUUGUGGAGCGUGGAGGCCGUUUGGUGAGCUUCCAGUUCCAUCCGGUGAACUUCAAAGCCUCCAAGGUCUCACUCUUCGGCGCCUUAAAGCUCUACAGGAGCUGCUCCGAGUCUGAAGGUGGUGAAUGUGAUGCCGAGGAGCUAGCCCAAGUGGUGGCCCUCGACACCAUGGACUGA